AUGAGCCUAAAAAGACGUUUCAGACCAAAUAUCAUUAUAACGGGAACGCCAGGUUGUGGCAAGUCGACUACAUGUGAAUUAUUAAUGCGCAAAUUAGAAUCUGAUAACUAUAAUAAAGACGCUGAAUAUAGUUAUUUUAAUAUAUCUGAAUAUGCUAAAGAAAAUAAAUUAUUAGAGGGAUAUGAUGAAUCACGUAAAUCUCAUAUUAUCGAUGAAGACAAAUUACUAGAUGAAUUGGAACCAUUAAUGAGACAGGGUGGUUGUAUCAUAGAUUGGCAUUGCAAUGAUAUUUUCCCUGAAAGGUUAAUUGAUUUAGUUGUUGUAUUAAGGUGUGAUAAUGGAAAAUUAUAUGAUAGAUUAAAUAAGAGAGGUUAUCAUCUUUCUAAAAUUCAAGAAAAUUUAGAUGCUGAAAUUAUGGGUAUUGUUUAUCAGGAUGCUCUUGAUAGUUAUGUUCAGGAAAUUAUUAUUGAAUUGAGUAGUGACUCUAUACAAGAAAUGGAGUCUAAUGUUGAACGUGUUGCGGAAUGGCUUAAUUUAUGGUGCAAUCAACACAAGGACGGUAUUACGAAUGAACUAAAAGAGUUUCAAAAAUUAAGGAAAGAAAAAGAGACAAGUGAUACUGAGGACAGUAUUGAAUAA